AGAGGUGACAGUAUAUUGGACAGACUAGAGGCAUUUCUGUAGACAUGAUUCCACAGCUCAGUUGGUUAUUUUCCCCAUUUACCAAACAAAAUGCACAGCAGCAUGUUUGGCUGAAAUAGUGAAAUUGGAUCAAAUUGGAGCAUGGAGCUUCCAGUAAUAUCUUCAGUUCUUCAUCGGUUCACCCUUGAUGUCACUGCACCCAUGGAAUUAAUCACCAGGGAAUCAUGUUCAUACACGCACUUUCACGGCUACUGAUUUUGAUGCUGCCUGCUGAACGACGAGCAAGAAAACCAUCCAUCCACGCAUACUGAAUGGAUCGAAUUCAGGCGGCGCUUGAACCAGACAUUCCUGGAACAUGCCCUUUACCAGGUGAGUACAAAAGGCCGAUCCUGCUUCGGAUUGCACAAACAUGGAUCAGCACUGAUGAACCUUCCAUGAACCUCUGCUGUUCCUGUUCCUUUCAGACUCCAGGCCGUCCACUGAACCCAAACGUCCAAACAGCACAUCAAGCCCUCGCGCGUGCACUGUACUCUGCUGGCAACGCAUCCAACAUGACAGCCCAGCCAUGUUAGUCAGCGGUACGUGGUGGGCUAGACAACAAAUGAAGGGCAUCAACUUGUCUAUUGCCUGCAAUCAGGAGUAGAUGGGGUGGUGGUCAUAGAGGUUCCUGCUGUCCUUCCAGUGUACGCACACCAUCUCCUCAACCUCCUGAUUAUAAGUAGGGGGCUGCGAGUACAAAAAUGAUCAGUUCACCGUUUGCUCCCUUUGCCUAUCUCAUCUCCCAUCUAACACUGAAAGAUUGCACAACUUUUCAUUCCAAACAUGGCCGGCCAUCACCGAUCAACAAGCUGGCCGUCAAUGGCUCAUCCCAACAAGAUUGAAAUUCAAGAAGCUCUGCACAGCAUAAGUUCGCUCAUCUCUACGCCAUCGGCCACCAUCGAAGGGGUAUGCGAUGGUCUGAGGAGACUUGGAGAUAUCUACAGCAGCAUCAACGAGGCCAUAUGCUUGCAUAGCAACCAGGUACAUGGGAAGAGGCUGGAGGAAGAAAUGGAGAGGUCGCUUCAGGUGCUGGAUCUCUGCAACACCAUGCAAGAAAGCUUCACUGACCUGAAGAUGACCAUCCAGGAGCUGCAAAUGGUUCUCAACAGAGGAGACCUCCCAGUAGCUCAGGUUAAGGCUCAAUCCUACGCCCGCUUGGUGAAGAAGGCAAAGCAUCACCUGAAGAAAGCCGUCAACAAGUCUACCUCAGAUGAUGAUGCCCGGUUGGUCAGUUUAUUGACCACAGCAGGAGGAAUCACUGUCUCGGCACUCAAAUCUGCAGUGGAGCUCUUGUCGAAGCAAAUGGCUACCUGCAGCGCGAGCAAGUGGUCUCUCAUCACCAAAUCUAUCCAAAAGAGAAGAGUUUCAUGCGAGGAGGUGCAAUUGCAGGCACUAGAGUUGGAUAUUUUAGGCCUAGAGAGUUCAGUUGAGAACCUUUUCAGAAAUUUGAUCCAAACCAGGGUCUCUCUUCUGAACACUCUCAGCUCUUAGAUUCUACACUGGUGCUCUGCGAUUGGCAUCCGAAUUUUAUAGGACCUGUCAAUCGGCAUGAAAUUUUGUACAUCAAAUGUAUACAGGUCUAAAGAUA